AUGCGCUCUGAAGUCCUGCCGAAGGCGAAGAUCACCUGCUUCUUCUGUGACAAGCAAGGUCACUACAAGUCGGAGUGCCCUGAUCGAGCAGCCUGGGAGGCUUCGAAGACGAAGGCGGCGGGGAGUGCAAACACGGCGAUGGGUGCGAUGGUGUCCUUGCGCGACGAAGACUACGACUACGAGGCGGUAGGAGAACUCGCUGUGAAUGAUGCUUGGUGA